GGCGAGACAGCUGCAGAGAAGUGGGUAGCCGGCCGGAGAGCCGCGCGACCUGCCGGCGUGCGCGCAACGAAACUUCGGUCCCCCGCGCGGUGCGGGGACCCCCUGCGGGAGCACGGUGGCGCGCCCCUCCCUUCUCCGGCGUCACCGGGGGACCUCGGCGCCUGCCCCGGCCGAGGGAGAGCGACUUCGGGACAACCCCCCGGGGUGGCGCAGAGGCUGGUUCCUCGCGCCCGGGGCUCCCAGCUCCCCGGUAGGUCGGCUUGGCCACGUAGGCAAGGGAGAGGAGUUGGGUGGCCGCGUGCGACCCCUCUCCAGCCCGCCACUUUCGCUUCCCCUCGGGGAAAACUUGCCCGCCGCUUCCCUGUAGCUAUGGGGCGGGGGCGGCACGAGCCGGGACUAACAGGAUCUAGGCUCUUGGCGGCGGAGCCCACGGGUCCCUGGGAGGUGGAGAAGACAGCGGGGCGACCGCAGUGAGCGCCCAGCAGAUGCCGCGGCUUCGCAGCCCCACGCUGUAGCUGCCUGCAGCUGUGAGUGGUUGCCCACGAAGUUCCCGGGGCGCGCGUGGGAGCCCUCCCCGGCUUCGGCUCCACGCGGGAUUUCUCCAGAGAGUGGCGAGGACAGAGGUCCUGGGAAAGUCAAGCUUCUGCUUGCGUGUCCCAGCCCGUGGCCUCUGCAGGGACGAGCUUCUUGCGUUUUAAGGUCAAGUUUUCCUGCAGCAGAGCCCGCCAGAAGCCAUCCCCCGCUGUGAAGCGGCGACGUCUCCGCAGAAGGCUGGGAACCCCUGGGGAAUCCCAGCCCAAGGGAAGGAACCGCAGAACCCCUUACCGACGUGGGCGUGCCUCUAAGAUCCCAAAGACUCCGGAAAAGGCACUGCAGGCAGCAUAGAGAUCUAAGGAAGCAGUAUGGAGAACGACUUUCAUGUCCCACACUUUCAUUGAGGCCUCCGGUCUUGCUAUUUUGCAGAAUGAAGGUAUUCAGAUGCUGCUUUAAAUACACUCUCCAGCAGAAACUCUUCAUCCUCCUCCUAACCCUGUGGCUGUUCUCCUUGUUAAAGCUCCUGAAUGUGGGCAGGCUCCUCUUCCCUCAAAGGGACAUCUAUUUGGUCGAAUAUUCCCUGAGCACCUCGCCAUUUGUAAGGAACAGGUUCCCCGCGAGCGAAGAUGCGGCCAGGGAUGACAUCAACUGCUCGGGGGUCUACGAGCAUGAGCCUUUGGAAAUCGGCAAGAGUCUGGAAAUCAGAAGACGGAACAUCAUCGACCUGGAGGACAGUGAUGUUGUGGCGAUGACAAGUGACUGUGACAUUUAUCAGACCCUAAGACAGUAUCACGAGAAGCUCGUUUCAAGAGAGGAGGAAGACUUCCCAAUAGCCUAUUCACUGGUCGUCCACAAAGACGCCAUCAUGGUUGAGCGGCUGAUCCGCGCCAUUUACAACCAGCACAACCUUUACUGUAUCCAUUAUGACCUGAAGUCUCCAGACACAUUCAAAGCUGCCAUGAACAACUUAGCUAAGUGCUUCUCCAAUAUUUUCAUCGCUUCCAAAUUAGAGACUGUGGAGUAUGCACACAUAUCCAGGCUCCAGGCCGAUUGGAAUUGCUUAUCAGACCUUCUCAAGUCUUCCGUUCAGUGGAAGUAUGUCAUUAACCUAUGUGGGCAAGACUUUCCCCUAAAGUCAAAUUUUGAAUUAGUGACAGAGCUGAAAAAACUCCAAGGAAGGAAUAUGUUGGAGACGGUGAGACCACCCAGCAGUAAGAUGGAGAGGUUCACCUAUCAUCAUGAGCUCAGACAGGUGCCUUACGAAUAUAUGAAGCUUCCAGUAAAGACGAACAUCUCUAAAGGCACGCCCCCUCAUAACAUUGAGAUAUUUGUGGGCAGUGCCUAUUUUGUUUUAAGUCAAGCAUUUGUUAAAUAUAUUUUCAACAGCUCCCUCGUUGAAGACUUUUUUGUCUGGUCUAAAGAUACAUACUCUCCUGAUGAACACUUUUGGGCCACCUUAAUCCGGGUACCAGGAAUGCCAGGAGGAAUUCCCAGAUCAUCCCAGGACGUCUCUGACCUGCAGAGUAAGACCCGCCUGGUCAAAUGGAAUUACUAUGAAGGCUUUUUCUACCCCAAUUGCACUGGCUCUCAUCUUCGAAGUGUGUGUAUUUACGGAGCUGCAGAAUUACGGUGGCUCAUAAAGGAAGGGCAUUGGUUUGCUAAUAAGUUUGAUUCUAAAGUAGACCCCAUCUUGAUUAAAUGUCUGGCAGAAAAGCUUGAAGAGCAACAGAGAAAGUUGAUUGCUUUGUCUUCAGAGAAGUUCAUUACAGAGGGAAACUCCAAAGCCACACACACAUCCUAAGAUGACUGAGGGCCUGAGUUUGUCUGAUAACAAAGAGUUCUGUGAGAUCACACCCAUGCCACGCCCAACAGCAUCUGAACUCAAUAGUUUCCAAGGUUGAAACUUAUAUAGAUUUCCACACCUGGGCUUCGAGCCCACAAUUGGCUGGUGUUUAAGUGCUGGAUUCACUUGUCUUGCUAAGUCAGAGAUGUUAAAUGUUCAGUGACAUCACAUUUAUUUUACACCUAACUGUGCACCAGGCACUUUAUAGAAAGACACGCAGGAGUUAGUGCCCUCAGGAAGCAGUGUUUACCCUCCUGGUGUGGCAACUGUUGUUUAUUUCCGUGUCACGAGGGUGCUACUGAAGAUGACUUCAGGAUGUGUGCUAAUCUUACAAGCCACUCCUUCUGGAAAGCGUGGGAGUGUGAAGCCAGCCCUCCCCUUUUCUCAGUUCUGCAACUGAGAUGGUUUUUUUGAAUCAUUAGAAUAUUAGGAGGAGAGAUUCUACUACCUCAGAGAAGCUCAAAGAAUUGUCCGAUCGCCCGCUUGCCAAAGUAUAGUUUACCUUUUUGGUGCCUCACUUUUCUGACUCAGGGCAGAGGGAGUAGGUUGGUGUGAUGUCUGUGGGGUC